UGACAAAUACGCUUCCAGCUGUCAACAUUAUGAGCGAAAUGGUUGAAAAUGAACCCAGGGAUUACAUUGUUUUUACUUUUUAAUUAAUCUUAAACCAAAAAUGAACAUGUCACAUGUUGGAUAUGUCUUCAGUGCUGCUUUCAUAAUGGGACUCUGUGUGUUACAAACCGUUUCAUCCUCCUCACUCCAAACUGGCGACAGCCUGCCUGACGAUUUCCUAGGCUUUGACUCGGCCCCUGACAAGUUGGCGGAUGGCUCAGCGGUCCUUGUGCGGUAUCGAUGCUCCAGGCCAUGUCGGCUCGCGGUGGAGACGGCGGUGUCCACAUUAAGGAAGACGGAUUUAGUGGUCUUCAGGAGGAAAUGGAUCAGCGGCACAGCCCGAGUCUACAGGAUCCACCAGGUGUUGCUCAGAUGGCCUCCAUCCGUUUUAUAUCAACAGGACUUUUUCAACAGGCGCGUUCUGGACGUCCAGAAUGUGACAGUCCGUGCUUGGUUAGGGCAUCUUAAUGAUGGCGGUGAACCUGGGACACACCAGGGCUCCAUGCUGAGGGUUUAUAAAGUGCUGCAGAUAAAACCACUCUCAGAGCGUCCAGCUAAGCCUCCCACUGAGUGCCCUUCAUGGUCUGCUCAGCUGAUGUGGCAGGUGACCAGAAACAGGAUUCGUCAUUGUCCACACGAGUCAGAUAUAAUCGACAUGCUAACGUUCCCGCUGGCGAGCACCGGCGAGCGCUUUGGAGUCGUGCGCAGGUUCCAGCCUUUUAUCGACCGAGCCCUGGAGAGAGCCCGUCUUCAUGCUGUGACACAGCCCAGCGUCGCCUUAUCGCUGUGGAUCUACCUGCUGAAAUGGUGUCACGGGAAGCUCUGCGGGAUCAUCCAUCACGUCGAUAGGAACAAUUUAUACGACUCCGUUCUGAUGCAGCUUACAGACGCAGGGGACGUCAUAAUUCAGGCACGUGUGACAACAGGAGAAGAUGAAGCUUUUCGAGCCGGUGUCGUGUUGCCCCUGAGGAGAUGGAUUAGAUUAGACUGUUACAUACAGGACUCGAAGGUGCUGCUGGAUGCAACGUGGGAUGAUGAAACGCGCGGAUAUGUAUAUGAGUUUCAGGACAACAUCCACUACGAUGACACCGACGGAUACUUUGUGAUCGGAGGAGGCAAAUACAUACCAGGCAUCCAUGGGUAUUUUGGGCCGAUCAAAUACUAUCGUUUAGGAACAGAAGAGGUAAGAAACUCAAAGCCAGCGUUGCAGGAGCUGGAGAAGACUCAUCAGGAGUGUCGGGAAAUAAAAGCCUUUACAAGAGCUUUUCUGCAUCAAGUAGCUGAGAGUCACAUCCUGUCACGAAUCAACAAAGGCACCUGCAUCCCUCACUUCAUCAGACUGUGGGGUCACUUUGGAGGGAAAAUCAGCACACCAACAUGGACCUGGGAAAACCAGCUUGAUCACAGCACGCUUUUUCAUUUCUUGCAAACAAAAGCGGAGGAAAUCGGAACAGGAUCUUUAGGCCUGAAGGACCUCAGGAGGACUUUGUUUGAGCAGGCAGUUGGUAUGAUAUUCACCGUGGAUCAGGGAGAAAAUAAAAUAAUUUCCAACUCAACGGCUCUGCUACAAGUAGCCUCCUGCUUUGGAAAUCAUAAGGCGUCUCUCUUGUUGGCUGCUGUCCACCUCUCCGGCCUGGGACAUACAGUCGAUCAGCAGAAGGGUCACGUCUAUGUCUGAUGCACAGACAUAGACGUGAUAGACAUAGACUUUGCCCUGAUGCACGCAGGGUACAAGCACACACAAGGAAUUGAUGGGUUUCCAAAAGACUUGGACAUGGCUUACAGCUACUAUUCCAACGCUGGGGCACAGAGCAGCAUGGACAGUUCCAGGAUGCAUGAAAAAAACCAAUACAUGCCUGAACACAUCUACCUGAGCAGUGACGAGGAUUUAAAGGGCCUCACACACGAGACAGGUGACGUCGUUGAGUAUCUGAAGUUCCAGUCAGAGCGAGGAGACGUCGAAUCUCAGAGACAUCUGGGGACGAUUCUUUACUGGGGACAGCGUGGAGUUUCGAAAGACACCGUGAGCGCGGUGAAGUGGCUCGAGAGGAGCGCCAUGCAGAUGAAGGAUCCUUCAGCGAUGUACCACUACUCCAUCCUGCUGAUGAAGGGUGAGGGAGUAAAAAGAAACUACACCCGAGGUUUUCAGCUGCUGGAGAAAGCUGCAGCAAUGGGCUCAAUUAACGCCUUGAACGGUUUGGGCUGGUACCACGGGAGUAUACUGAACGACCAUAAAAAUGCAGUGAAAUACUUUGAGCAAGCGGUGCUAAACGGGAGCGACGAUGGCAUGUUCAACCUGGGGAUUUAUCAUCUCAACGGGAAAAACCCCGACAGGCCGCGGAGGAAUGAGACGGCCGCGUUCCAGCACUUUCUGAACGCAUCUCGGCUCGGUCACGUAGCGGCAUCGUGGUAUCUUUCGACAGGAAGCCUGGAAGGGGUGUCUCAGGAUGUGGAGAGGGCUGUGAUAAUGCUAAAAACAGUGUGCGAACAGAACGGACACGUUGGAUUUAUGAUCCGAGAGGCUCUCCAGGCCUACCUCCAGGGCUCUUGGCAGCAGGCCUUUGUGAAGUAUGUUUUGGCAGCUCAAACUGGACUGGGCCUGGCCCAGAGCAAUGUUGCGCACCUGUGUGAGGAGCUGAAUCUCGGCCAUGACUGUCAGUGGAGAUAUCAUAACUACUCUAUAUUAAACUAUGAUCCCCAUCCGUCCGCUCUGCUGAAAAUGGGAGACUACUACUACGGUUCCUCCGGCGCGCAAGAAGACUCAUUAUCCUUGGUUGGUCAGGCCAUAUCGAUGUAUGGCAGAGCAGCUCUGGCAGGCAGCCCUCAGGGAAUGUACAACUUGGCUGUUUUGGCACAACGAGGCUACGCUCUCCCGCUGAACACCCACAGCUUAUUCAACGUGUCACGCCUUGAUGAGCGGGACUUUGUGGUGGAGAAGAUCUUAAAAAGAUGUAUGGAGACUGAGGCUGAAGAAGCAGUGACGCCCUGUUCUUUAGCUCUGCUCCGAGUUCAGAUGGGAAAAGCCUGGAGGAGAGUGACUCAGAGCGGUGCAGGGCUCCUCUUGGCAUAUGCGUCUCUUCUUGCUGCCAUUGUCGUUGCUGCCAUCGUGCCGUUGCAGAGCUGUCUUCAACAAACGGCUGCCCGUCACCGUGUGGUUGCACCGAGGGCGAGGACAUCAUCUGACAGCCAAGAUGGUGUCAUCUUGAAUAGAGAGCAAGAUGGCAUCAUGAGAGGAACCUACAGAGCGGCGGGGAAUCAAUGGCUUACCGCCCUGAAUGGCGAGCAGUGGCCCCCGCAGACAGGAGAUUUGGCCGUGACUCUGUCGGGUGUGUGUCUGUGUGCUUUCUGGACCGCACUCCUCUAUCACCUCUUAUGACACAAAAUACAAAGCACAGUGAUCCAAUAGCCACAGCGAAAGCCCCAGACACUACAUAUCGUAAGAGCAUGCAUUUAGCGGAUGAGUUGCAGCUAUUCAUGUGACACAUUUGUGUUUCGGAGGCGUGUGACUCAUCUGAAGUUCCAGUCAGGAGAGAAGUGCUGAUCAGAAUGUGAGUGUGCUGCUUUAUCACAGCGCUCGUGAUGCUUCCUCACCAAUCAUUAUUCCAUUGUUUUGUCUGUGGAAAAAUGAAAAACUUACCAUGCGGUUCAUUUAAUCAAUGCUGAGUCCGACCCCACAGUUUAUAUUGUCUUUGGGCUGAGUGAAGCUUCUGUUAUGCAAUAAGUAAAUCAUAUUUUAGCAGAGUGUUUAUUAUUUGAUAUGUUUUUUUGUGGAAAUCACACAAAAAGACGCAAAGGAUCAGCCUCAGUGAUGGAUGUGUUCGGACAUGUUCGACCAGAAGCCGCGUUGUAAUAGGUCAGCUAUUAAGACUUGCUCCUAUCAGGGACGCGCUGGUGAUAAGUGUCUGACAGGAGACUGGACAUGCGACAGCAGCAUGCGGGCACAUUUAAACAUUUUGUCCAAGGUCAGAGCGACGGAGCUUCAGAAGUUAUCGCUUCAGUCUCUGGGCUGCCGGUCAAUACAUGAGAUAAGACAAUAUGAGUUUUAGCCUUCGCUGUGGGAGGCAAGAAAAGUUUGGCUUGAAAGGAUAAGUUACUAUAGCGAUGGACACCUCAAACACUCCUUUAAUGCCUCUUUGUGUUGCUGUUGUCACUGUGUUCACAAAAAAAAAAAACAUAAUGGGCAAUAUCUUGUGAGGGAUUUUGUUUGUAUUGCUGCCAACAAAUAUGAGGAAUAGGCAGCGUUACUCAGUUCUUAACAGUUAUUUACAGCUCUGGGUGACUUGUGAUGAUGUGCAGUUUAUAGCAGUGAGUGUUGUUGCCUGGUAUUCAUGGAGCUGUCAUUAGUUAAAUAAGGAGUUUCACAGUGUAAACAGCACCACGCGCAGCUCCUUCAGUUUCGAGCGAAGUCGGUAUAUAAUUUGGGGAUGAAAUAAUGAUCCUUCUUCCUUCUUCUAUCCCUGUCCCUUCUGUCGUCGGUGUCUUUCUUUAUAGGGAGAGGUCACCAAAACAAAAACGUUGCAUGCUGUUACGCAUGUGCACUCUGGUGAUCUUUUAGAUGUUUUCUGCUGUUGAUGUGGUUGAAUUUUAAUAGUGUUGGGAAUCUGUGACAACACUAGUCGAAGUUGUUUGUCAAGGCUAAUGUCUCCAUAUCCACAGUGCUACCCAAAGUAUUUCUUAAUUAUACAUGUCCAGCACUAAAAUGAUAUAAAGCAAUUACCAGUGUAGGAAGCUUUGCUUUAAAGGCUGUUAUUUAGGGAAAAGAGGAAGAUCAAUACCGGUCUUGUGUCUGUUUGUUGGCUAAAUAUAAAGCUACAGCCAGGUUAGCUUAAGUAUAAAGACACAAUACACAAAUACAGACUGCUAGCUGGUCAUUUUUAGAGUUUUUGUACAUUUUUUAUGUUAAAUAAAAAAGAUAUAACAUCUUAAUUUGUCAGCUUUAGAGGUGUCGUGCUAGCUGUUUCCACCUGGUUCCAGUCUUUAUGCUAUGCUAGGUGCUAGCGCUUGCUCUGUAUCUGCCGUACAACCGCAACAGUGGUAUCGAUCAUCUCACCUAACUUUCGGCAAGAAGGCGAGUAUUAUUUCCCAAAUUAUCUAACCAAAGGCAAAGUGAGCGAGCUAACGUGAGCUGUCGCACCUGUUCUGGUUACUCAUUGACUUUAUUCUUAUCAUUUCACUGAUAAAUUAAAUUGAUUUACUGGCCUUACAAACAUUCCAUGAGGAUUUUAGGCCAAGUCAGUUUGAAACUGUAGGCCUACUUAUAAUUUCCUUAAUUGUGAAAUCCCAAUCCUGCAUUACCUCCAAACUCUGUGCAAAUACUGUGCAAAUACUGUAUAAUAAUAAUAAUAAUAUAUAAUUAGACUGUAAUUAUGUCACACCACGUGUUGUUUGGCAUUUUGAAAACAAACUUUUUUUCCAUUGAUUUCACAAAAAAAGCAAUUGCCAAGUGAAGAAGGUAGAAAAUAUGCAAGUAGAUUUAUAUUAUAUUACAGCCUUGAUUUCAGUGUAAUUGUUUAAUGAGCUGAUAACACAUUGAUUGAUGUGACCUUGGGUUAAUACAUUAAAUUGUGUGUAAGGUCAUGAUGAUUUUGACCAGCGUCACCACACGCUGACAGAAACUUUCACACUGUUCCUUCUUUUCAAGUUCGGUUUAACUCUCACUGAACCCUCCGGACUGUUUGAUUAAAACAACCAAUAUUUGAUUUGUAGAUUUUUUUCAAAGUCUUGCUGGCAUCAAAUGUCCAUGGCAUGUGCACAAAAAAAUCUUUUCAGGGCUAUUAAUUUUCCACGACUGUAGAGAGCAAUUUUAGUUCCCCUACAGUAUUUCUUCAUCAAAGAGUGUGAUGAUACCGCUGCAACCAUCUGAUUUAAUUUCCCUUCUUUUCAAAUGGCUGCUGUAACAUGCAAUUAAAUCCAGCACCCCAUCGA